UUGUAUUUCGCCCAAAUUUCUCUCUUACGUAAAAGUUUCUUUGUACAGACGCAAUGUGUACGAACGUUAACACGGCAUUCUCGACGGGUUGAUCAAAUCGAAUGGCAUACAACAGUGGAUAAUGUGUUACUAUCUGCUGGCUCAGAUUGUAAACUGAUUCUAUGGGACGUUGAAGCCAGUUCUGUGAUUUUUGAGAUUUCCGAUUUCCUCUCGUCUUGUAUAGCGUUUGCCCCGAAUUCAUCGAUAUUCGCCGCCACAUCCAGGCAAACCCACCGGGUUUGUGUCUUCGAUGCCCGUAAUGGUAAUGCUAUGAAGAGUACGGUGCUUCCACACGAUGGCGGAAUGCCUAGAAAGGUGCUCUUAAAUUUAUCUUCCGUUCGCAGGGUUCAGUGGGUUCAUUGGAUUUUACUACCGGGCCCCAUUUCUCUUUUUUCUAUGGCGUUAGUGGGUUGA